AUGACCACCAUGACCAACAACCUAGAUACACCCUGGGUGGCUCACGGCUCAGAAGAAAUCGAGGAGGCAGACGAACCACCCGAGAUAAACUUCAAGAAGCAGCAGUUCACCUCAAACGACUUUCAGCGAACCACCAUUCGACCUUCCACCGAGAAGAAGUCCUCCUUGUUGACCAAGGCCAUCAAUGGAAACUCGGAUGACGACCUGUACAUUCCCCAGAACACCACCAACACUCGGCAGCGACGCCGCUCUCUCGUCAGCAACAUCAGCUUUGCCUCGACCGCCGAGCUCACCAGUGAUACUGGAUUCACCAGUCCUUCUCGCCCAAGCACUCCUAGCCCACCUCUUGCCGACAUGGCUAUGCUUCGCCUGCACGAUGAGCGCGCCCCCGUGCCGACUCACGUUUCUCUUCUAGGUGCCGCUGUUAAGUUGCAGCAGGGAAAGACUGAGGAGCCCAAGAAGCGAUCUAUUCAGUUUGCAUGUGGUGGCAAGCCUACAGUACCAGUGCAACCACCUCGAUCUCAGCCCAUGGAGAAGGCCCCUUCUGCCCAGGAAGCUCCCCGCAAGUCCUGUAUCAAGUUCGCUUGUCCAGCUCGACCCGCCUCUACGCAAAACACCCCUCCUCGCUCCAUUGGAAUUAACACAAACCGCAAGGAUGCCACUCCCAAGGCAGAGUCACCAUCUACUCCCAAGCGAAGUAUCGCUUUGUCUGCACCUCGACAAAUUACUCCCCGCAGACAUUCCAUGUCCCGCCCCAAGUUCCUCCGUGCCGACUCUUCUGACCUCGCUACGGAUAGCUCCCAGUUCCACGAGUUUGCCAGUGGUACCACCCGCGAGGACGAUUGGAUCCGACGUGACAGCACUGCAGUCGCAGUCAAGCUGACCAUCAAUGACACUCUGGUCAAGGAGAACAACAUCCGACGUCUGGCUACCGAAGCAGAGCAAGAGGCCGAGGAAGAAGAUGAGCUUGAUAACGACGACGAUGCAGAUGUUGACGACGAGGAUGAGGAUGAGGACGACGAGGAUGGGCUUGACGUUGAUCUCGACGAGGAUGACGAAGAAGAAGACGACGAGGAUGAUGAUUCUGAUGGUUACCAUACCGACGAGGAGACCGGAUUUGCUGAUUCUGAUGACGACGACGAGGACGAUGACAUGCGUCUCUGGACACCUGGUGCCAAGUCUGUCGUUCACAUUGGAUCUGGUGCUACUUUGAUGCGUCGACCUUCUCUCCAUGAGAUGCAAUCUGAUUCAUCAAUUGCUACCGUGAACAGCCAGCGAGCUAGCCGCCGUUCCAAGCGCGUUAGAUACGCCGAGGAGGCCCCCGAUCUUCCCGACAGCACCGAUUUUGUUUGUGGUACCUUGGAUGAAGACCGCCCCCUUGAAGAAGCCUAUCUCUCGUGCCUCGCAGCUCGACGAAAUGAGAAGCUCCGUGUCAUCCCUCAAGACAUCGACCCCAGCUUCCCAGCUUCGGAGCCCGAAGAAGAGAAUGAUGGAGAGAUCUUCAACCCAGUCCACCACGAAAGUGACGCCGACGAGUUCUUCGGAUCUAUGGAAGACUUGCACCAAGACCGUGAUCGUUCCCGUCGCCGACGCAAGAGCGAGCACGCUUCUCCCAAGCGAUUCCGCUCACCCCCUCCUAAGCGCCUUCAUUCGCCGCCCCCCAAGGUCCGGGCUCGUUCGCCUAAGCCACUCUUCAGCCGUCAAUCCCCUCGCAGAGCAAAGUCCCCCGCUCCCAUGCGCAAGCCCAUUACUACCCCUCUCGGAUCUCCUCGCUGCGGCCAAGUCAACUUCAACCUUGCUGGCCGUCCUGGUCUUACCCACACCAAGUCUCUGCCUCGUGGUGGUGCCAUGUGUCACCAGCGAAAGCACCCCCGCAACAAGAUGACCCACGACAACGAUACUCACAUUCGUGGUGCCAUUGACAUUGUCAAGGGCUUGGAGAGCAAGCGUCAGCGACGUAAGGAGAAGUUCCACCAGAAGUACUGCAACCGCGCCCGUCGUGGCAAGAUCCCCGAGCCCAAGCCCGUUCCUGGUCGCGGUACCGAACGUAUGCGAGAGCUCGGCCUUCUGAUGGCUGGCAAGAAGGACCAAACCAACUACGUCCUUUCCAUCUAA